UCUCUCUCUCUCUGAACCCUGAAACUGGAAACUGAAAACUGAAACUGAAACCGAAACCCAUUGAAGCGUGGUUGGCUCACCUCCUCGCUUUUCCUCUCUCUCUCUCUUGGUCACUGGUUUACCGGAGCUACCUCCUCGCCUUUCCUCUCUCUCUCUCAGCUGUCCUGUUCUUGUUCGCAUUGUGUUAAAAGGUAAGCUUUAAUAAGAAGUCAACAAUGAAGCUCGAUGUGAACAUGCUCAGAUAUUUGUCGAAAGAAGAUUUCAGGGUUCUCACUGCUGUUGAGAUGGGAAUGAGGAAUCAUGAAAUAGUUCCUUCUGAGCUCAUCAGCCGCAUAGCUGCCCUCAAGCAUGGAGGUACUUAUAAAGUUAUGAAGAACUUGCUCAAGCAUAAAUUGUUGCACCACGACUCUUCAAAAUAUGAUGGAUUCCGCCUCACUUAUCUUGGUUAUGAUUUUCUCGCAAUUAAGACUUUGGUCAAUCGUGGGGUUUUUGCUGCUGUUGGCCGUCAAAUUGGUGUUGGAAAAGAGUCUGAUAUAUUUGAAGUAGCCACUGAGGAUGGUACAGUGCUAGCAAUGAAGUUGCACCGACUUGGCAGAGUUUCUUUUAGGGCUGUAAAAUCUAAGCGUGAUUAUCUGAGACAUCGUAACAAUUUUAAUUGGCUCUAUUUGUCCAGACUAGCUGCACUCAAAGAGUUUGCAUUUAUGAAGGCCUUGGGAGAACAUGGUUUUCCUGUUCCAAAUGCUGUGGACUGUAAUAGGCAUUGUGUGAUUAUGUCUCUUGUCCAAGGCUACCCACUUGUGCAGGUGAAGCAAUUGCAAAAUCCAGAGCCAGUUUUUGAGACAAUCGUUGGCCUUAUUGUUCGACUGGCUGAACAUGGUCUCAUCCAUUGUGAUUUUAAUGAAUUUAACUUAAUGAUUGACGAUGAUGAGAAAAUCACCAUGAUUGAUUUUCCUCAAAUGGUUUCCGUAUCUCAUCGUAAUGCACAGAUGUACUUUGACCGAGACGUUGAAUGUGUCUUCAAGUUCUUUAGGAAAAGGUAUAAUUUGUCUUUUCAUGAGUACACUGUCGAUGCUGAUGGCGAAGAUGUUGGGACAUAUGAAAGUAACAGACUUUGCUUUUCUUCAAUAUCAAAAGAUGCUAUUUUUCUGGAUAAGGAACUUGCUGCUAGUGGUUUUAGUACAAAGGACCAGGAAGUCAUUGAAAAGUUCAUUGAAGGUGCUGUAGAGGAGAAUAAUAGUGAUACUGAUGAAGAAACUAGAGAUGACGAAUGUGUCUCUGCUAUGAAUGAACAAAACAUUGAAGGUGUUGGUUCUUUGCACUUGCAAGAUGAGGACGAGCAAACAAUAGAUUGUGUGGUGGCAGGGGAAGUCAAGGACGCAGAACAUGAUCACCAAGCAGGUGAAAGCAGCGUACCUAUGACUGAAGAUACGAAUGACGAUGAUGAGGAGGAUGAGUCAGCAGAUGAAGAAGGUGAGGCGAAACUAGCAAGAAGCUUAAACAAGCAGAGGAAGCACGCGAUAUCAGCAGUCCAUAGGGGACGACGGAAAACUGUCUCGAGAAAUUCAUACAAAGAUAAGGGUGGUAAGACCACUUACAACUCCAAAAUCCAUAAACAAAUGUGUGUUUGGUAAGAGUAACAUUAAGGAUUUGAUUAGAUGGCUCCUGUUUUUGGCUACAAAAACAUGGUUAGUUCAAUUUUGAUUGUAAAAUGAGAAUAGUUUCUCAUAUUUUUGUUUUAAAUCAUUGUGUAAAUGUUUUAAUACGCAAAUCAUUACCCAUUGUAUAAUAUGCUUAUUAACUUUUUUGGCCAUAUUAAUCCUAUGAUUAGUUAAUAUUUAGUGUA